UUGAGUCGCUUCCUCCUCGACGCGCGUAUCCUCAUCGUCGCGAUCCCUUUUUAAUUUCGGGCUCUUGGCCCUUCGUCGUUUAUUUUUCUUCGCAGCAGCCUGCCAUUCAUCCAAUGCCACGCUUCAAAGUCGACCAGUCGUUUGAUUAAAAAAUAUAAAAUAAAAAAAAGUACAAAUUAAAAGUAAUAAUAAAAAAUAAGCCAUCUUCAAGUGGGUUAACGCAAGAUCGCCGUAGGAUCUCGGCCUAAAUCGAAUGAGUUGAGCUCUAAAAAAAAAUAGUAAUGUGCCAAGUUCGCCAGUAAAGCUUCACAGAGAGGAUAGCGAUAGUACAAAGUAGUAGUGGUAGUGAAAGCUCACGGAGCGCUCACGGAGCGUGGAGCGAGCGAUCGAUUCCUCACACGUACGAACAUCCAUACACAAACACACACGAACGGACAGAGGGAGAAAAGGAGGACUAAUUAUCGAAUAAGCUCCAAGGCCAGCGAUGGCUUCCUUCCGCGGUACAUUCAUACCGUCGGCCCAAGCGACGUUGAACGUCGCCUGGGAGACGGUCAAGGCCCUCUGGCCGGAGAACAGUCCGUGUAUGGAGCUGAUCCGUGGACCCAAUCAAAACGCCGAUGGUUACGGACAGCAGCCGGCGGCGGGCUCUGGCGAGGCCGCCGAGAUGCAGACGCUCAACGAUGGCACGACCAACACUUACGGCGAGAAGCACGUGACGAUGGCCGAGGAGUCCUUCAGCUAUCAAAGAAACGGCGAUCAAGUGAGACAAGCGAGCAUGACGAGCAGUUGCAGCGAAUUCGACGGAGGCGGUGGCGGUGAAUUCGACACGUCCGUAAAAAUUGAUGAAUGGCAGGCUGCUUGGAACGUCACCAACGCGAUCCAGGGUAUGUUCAUCGUGUCGCUGCCGUUUGCGGUGCUGCGCGGCGGCUACUGGGCGAUCUUCGCCAUGAUCGGGGUGGCGCACAUCUGCUGCUACACCGGCAAGAUCCUCGUCGAGUGCCUGUACGAGCUGGACCCGGCGACGGGUCAGCGCGUCCGGGUGCGCGACUCGUACGUGGCCAUCGCCAAGGAGUGCUUCGGGCCGCGGGUGGGCGCCCGCGUCGUCAACAUAGCCCAGAUCAUCGAGCUGCUCAUGACCUGCAUACUGUACGUGGUGGUGUGCGGCGACCUCAUGAUCGGCAGCUUUCCCGAGGGUGCGAUUGACGCGCGCAGCUGGAUGAUGCUGAUCGGCAUCUUCCUGAUACCGCUGGGCUUCCUCAAGUCGCUGCAUCACGUGUCGGUGCUGAGCUUCUGGUGCACGAUGUCGCAUCUGUUCAUCAACGCCGUGAUCAUCGGCUACUGCAUCCUCGAGAUCGGCGACUGGGGCUGGUCCAAGGUCAAGUGGAGCAUCAACAUGGAGACGUUCCCGAUCUCGCUGGGCGUGAUCGUCUUCAGCUACACGUCGCAGAUCUUCCUGCCGACCCUCGAGGGCAACAUGAUCGACCGGAGCAAGUUCACGUGGAUGCUUGACUGGAGCCACAUCGCCGCGGCAGCCUUCAAGUCCAUCUUCGGCUACGUCUGCUUUCUCACCUUUCAGUACGACACGCAGCAGGUGAUCACGAACAAUCUGCACUCGGCGGGCUUCAAGGGCCUGGUGAACCUCUGCCUCGUGGUCAAGGCCCUGCUGUCCUAUCCGCUGCCGUACUACGCCGCCUGCGAGCUGCUCGAGCGGGCCCUGUUCCGGGGCAAGCCCAAGACGCCCUUCCCGACCAUCUGGACGCUCGAUCGCGAGCUCAAGGUCUGGGGCCUGGCCUGGCGCGUCGGCGUCAUCGUCUUCACCAUACUCAUGGCCAUCUUCAUACCGCACUUCAGCAUACUCAUGGGCUUCAUCGGCAGCUUCACCGGCACCAUGCUCUCCUUCAUCUGGCCCUGCUACUUCCAUCUCAAGCUCAAGGGCAACAGCAUGGAGCAGGGCGAGAAGCUCUACGACUGCUUCGUCAUCUUUCUCGGCGUGCUCUUCGGCAUAAUCGGCGUCUUCGAUUCCGGCAAAGCCCUCAUCAAGGCCUUCGAGAUCGGUUUGCCGUUUUAGGCAAAUCAAGCUUAUUACCUUAUUGCCCGCUUGGGAUUAUUUCGCGCGACUCACUUACGCAUGAAUAUACGAACAAAUUAGUUCUUACGAUCGCGCCUCGCUCGACUGCAAUUUACUCAGCUUCCUCAUACGUGCGUAUUUUUUCAUGAUUUCACUAAAUGAGAAUCGUUAACGACCAGUUUUGCACGAAUGCCUUUUAUUGGUCGAUUUAUAACAAACGUAUUUGAAUAUAGCUUGAAUUUUGAGCUUAAUCCGUAUUCGUUCGAUUGAUCGCUGAUUCGGUAAAUCUCAUGUCUUCCAAAGUCCGAUUUAUGUCUUUUGAUGUACGGACUUGACUAUGUACUGCUCGUGUCGAUAUGUUAACCGCUCUAUAUUAUAUAUAGUAUGAAUUUUCAAAGUGAUAAAAAUAACGAACUGUUGGUGAUUAAAAAAAUAUAUCAAUUUACUAGUAAGACCUAGAUCAGUAAUAAAAUGUAUUAUACUGCGUGUGGCGUUUACAAGCUCGAAACAAGAAGUCUUCCAAUGAAACAAUAAGCAAAUGAGUCAAUUCAUAAAAUGAAUUAUCUAUAUAAACUAUAUGUAUCCUAAUUUUACAUUACUAAAACUCGAAAAUUGCAGUCAAGCGAGUGAGCGAAAAAUUCGGUUAAAGCUGAAAAAUCGUCAAUAGCACAAGUGAGAAUGAGAGCCACGAGAUAUUUUUUAUUCGUUGUUAUUGUUUUUAUUUUUUUUAUCUUCGUCGUGUCAUUGAGUGCACAUGGAGUUUGUUCAAUACGUAGAAAAAAAUAACUGAACAAAAAUAUUUUGCGUGGGAAUCAACUUUAACUGUACCAUGCUUGAAACUGCGUACGUUUUGAAAGAGAAGAGAGUCAACGAGAUAUGAGAUAAAAAGUUUGAACGAAAUGUGAAUUUUUGUUAAUCGGUAGAUGGGACUGCUUUGAUACAAAUCUUUUUAUUCAUUAUUUAUUCAUUAUUACAUACAUUUUUAUUCAGUAUAAUAUUUUUAAGUAAUAAUUAAACGUAUGUAUUUUAUAUAUUUUCGGGUAAAAAAAUUAAGUUAGUUAAAUUAAGUCUAUUAACUUUCUUAAGAAAAUCUGUGAUUUAUAGGAAGAUCUUUUUUUUGUGAAAACACAUUGAAAAAAUAUUGAGGGCAUAUACCUUCCUGAAUUUAUCUUUGAUAUGUUUUCAGUGUAUGUAUUAUACUUAAUAGUAUAAUUUAUUUAGUUUUUUAUAUAGAUUAAUUUUCUAUAAUUUUCGCGAAAUUUCGAUCAAAAAUGCAAACAGUAUUAUCUAUUUUUAAGAUAUGAUGAAAAAGUUAAAAACUUACAGUGUAUUGUACUUAACCGAAUGGGCAUGUCUCGUUCGGCUCAAUUGUAACGAACGUCUUCCACGGAGAUUUUUAUCUUCGACGUAAAAUUAAUAUCCAUAUUAUAUUAAAAAAAGAUGCACACAAAAAUAUGCGCAAUCGAUAAAUCAAAGUUAAGCUCGUUGAUUUUUGCGUGACGUUGAUAUAAUUAUAUUACCUGUAAUCCGUAUGUCUUCCAGUUGUUUGCAAACCAAGGGUAAUCACGACGCGAGUAUUUUAAAAAAAAAUCAGCAAUAGCCGUAUUAUAUUAUAAAAUGUCAAAAUACUAUAAAACGUGUCGGACAAUAAGAAAAUAAUGAGACUGCAUUGCUUUCUCUCUCUAUAUCAUGUACACUUAUAUCGAUGUCUUCCAAAACAAAACAAGAAAUAAAAAAAAAUAUCAAUCACCGGCUCGGCUCGAGGAGUUUGUAAACGAUGUUCGAACACGAGCGACGCGGGGAUUUUUGUUCGAUCGGAAGUAUCCGGUAUCGUAAACGCGUGGAUAACGUAUGUUAAGACAAAGGAAAAGGAGAUAGGAUUGUUUUUCUGUUUCCAGUUAUAUAGUUUAUGGUAUAUAGUAUUACAAAAAAAUCACUUGUUAAUCGUGCACGACUUCGAAGAAUUUUAUGAUUGUUUGUUCGAGACAGCUGGCGGUGGAAUUCACCCUAUGUGAAUCCCAUGGAUCGAUGCGAAAGAAUUUCGUUUCUUUAUCAAAUGGAAACUUUUCAAAUUGACAAUAUACAGUAUAAAAAUGUGAUGACAAAUAAUUAAAAAUAUUUAUGAUCGAACGUCUUCCGAGUUUUUGUAUUGUAACUUAUAACUGUAUUAAAAAUUACAAUUGUUAAAUUAAGCCAGAAACAUCAGGUGAAUUUUUUGACGCUUUACACGCGAGAUUUGUUAGUAGUUCAAAUUUUUUCUCCUGCAUUGAGAUAAUAGUCUAUGUAUAAAAAUAUUACAUAUAAUCUAUUCUUUGAGAGAAUCGCUUAUGAAAAGUCGUCAGAGAGAUUACAUAUUAUUGAAAUUUUUAGGGUCUUGAUAUUUAUCAAAAUCAAAAUUUUAAUGGCGAUGAUUGUUGCGAACGUGAGAAAAACAUAAUCUCCGAAUCUUGUAAUAUACCACAGUUUCGAGUAUUACCCAUUAUACAAAUCGAAUCGCAUUAUGCGAUUCGCAUAUCGCUUCGAAAGCUCAGAUUUAACUUAUAUAUAAAUAUACACAAACAAACGUAUGUCUUCCAAAGAUUGUAAUAUGUAACCAUAUUGCGUCUAUACACACGAUUAUGUGUAAAUAAAAUCUCGAUAUAUAUGCGUGUAUACAUAUGAAAAAAAGAAUAAAUAAAUAGAAUUAUAUAUAUUUCAGUUGCAACAUAUUAUAAAUAUGACAGAAAAUUAUUAUAUAUGUACACAAGUUAAAAGGAAAAAAGGAUUAAAAUUAUAGAAUACGACAACCGAAUGUGUAACACAAAUCAUAUAAAAAUUACGGUAGCUCAUCGAUUUAAAAAACCACAAUGAUAAAAACGAAAAAUCAGCCCGAGGAUGGUUCGAUAUAAUCUCUGAUUCUCGUGCGGCUGGCUGACACGAGUCCACGUGCAAAUACAUAUUCAAUUUGGCGUAGAUCGGUAAAUUUUCAAAUUUUUUUUCGCAUUCAAGAAUGAUGAUAAUCGUUGAAAAGAGCAAAAAUAUGCGACACGAUCGUGGUAUGUAAUAUGUUUAAACCGCACACGAACUUGAAAAAAGCCUUUUCAGAAUAGUUGACAAAUUCGAUAUUAUAUUAAUUACAUCUCAGUGUUAAACAAAUGUUGCAUAUAUUAUUGUAAUAGGCGUUAUUUAUCAAACGUACGAUUUACUGUAACGGGAUUUCCAUAUUAAAAAGAAGUGAAAAAAAUUGAAACAAAAUAUAUAACUGAAAUUUUA